AUGCUUCGGCCCUUCCCUCACCUCCCUGGCACCCCACCCCAUUCCGGCAACACAACGCCGCUUACAGAGGAAAGCCAUUCCUUGAACAAAAACCAUUUCGGCAUCGACGCUUGGUCUGACAACCGAAACCCAGCCACAGAUCAGAUAUCGGAUACAACCGUGACUACCAAUCAACAUUCUCCGUCGUCGCAGCAUCGCACCAUCGCUCAAAGUCUUCAGCAGAUAGGCAACGGCAGCAUUCGGUCCGCUGCGCCCCUCUCCUACUACGACCCGGGUGAGAGCAAACCUCCGACUCCUCCCGGGGCUGAAGCGCAGCAUACUCCUUCCAUCGGCGAUAGCCGCAUCGCCAUUGCAGGCCCCAUGUCGCAAGGUCCGCCGUCAAUGUCGCUGCUCUCGCAAGCUAUGCAGCAGCAUCUCGCGCGUCAGCAGAUGGACGCAAUCCCGGGCGCUGAUCACCAGGCGUCACAAAGCGCAGCUCACACACCCAGCGGGUCGGCACUGCCAUCGCCGGCAUUCCCCGGUCCGGGCUCGCCAUUCGCUUUCAAUGGACAACAUGGCCCUGAUGGCGGCAUGAGAGCACCUAUGCCGCAGCAGAAUAGCUUUGGAGCCGCCGUCUCUCAAAUGCCCCCACCGUUCGGAUCCUAUGUGAGCCAAGGCCACAAUCGCCGUCCAAGUGGAUACGCAACCAACCCGCAUUCUGCUGCACCCAGCGCUGGCCCAUCCCGGUCCUCUUCGCCCACACGAGGUCCGCAUCCCAUCAGUAAUCCUCCAAUCGACGCAUCAUCCCAUCCUAUUGGCAUGCCACACAACUCGCAUAGCCUCGCCCAGAAUCAAUUCCCGAAUCAGGGUGCAAUGGCCCCAGAUUACAGCUCUACCUUUGGAUCUCAGCGCACCGUCAAUGGAUUUAUUCCAUCUUCCCAUGGUGCUGUCGCUCCAGGCAUGUCCACGACCCCUGGUUCGUGGACCAACCAGGCGGGUAUGGGGUUUGCACCAACGCAGCAGAAUUCGUUUCUUGCUCAGCAGAAUUCGAUGGUCCCUUCGGUAGGAUUUCAAUCGGCCGUUCAUGGGCAGUCUCAGCAGCAGCAGCAGCAGCAACCUCUGCUGCACCUGUCCCAGCCACCGUCACAAUUCAGUAGCUACCGAGGUGCACCGGACGCGCUGCUUUCGCCUGAAACGGCCUCAACCGACUUUGGCGGCUUCUUUCCCGCUCCAAAUACCUCAACACAGGGGGCCCCAACGCAGACGUCUGGCGGAAUCAGCCGUCAGUCGACAGCGGGGACGCGAUCAAGGCAGAGCACCGGCUUCACCGACGAACUCAGCAGCAUGGCAGCAGCGGUCCCUGGCAAUCUCAACUUGAGUCGGCGGGGGUCUGCCGGAGCCGAGGACGCUGAGGAGGACGAAAGCUUGGACCCGGAGGAAAUGUCCAAGAAAGACCCGCUUGCUACGCAGGUCUGGAAAAUGUACGCCAAGCAACGAUCGCAGCUCCCCAAUGGUGCACGUAUGGAGAACAUCACAUGGAGGAUGAUGGCAAUGACACUGCGCAAGAAGGAACAGGAGGCCGCUGAGGCCAGGCUUGCGUCGGGGGCACAGUCCAACGCAAGUCAAAGCCAGGUCUCCAGCGCCCGUCACUCGCCAACGCUCUCGACAAAGUCGGGUCCAGGCUCUCGAAGGAGCAGCGGAUCCUUCCCAGGCGAAGCCUUUGCAGGGGGAUUCACAGCCAUCCAGGCAAGUGCAACGGGUCCCACCGACCAGCAUUCGCGCACCAGCAGCAAUGCCGCAAAGGGCAAGACGCGAUUCGCGGAAGUGAUCCAACAGGAAGAGGAGGAGCGUGGUAGGCGGGGCCGCAGCCCCAGAACGCCAGAGAGCACUGCACCACCCGCAGGGGCCGUCGACAUCGUGGAUUGGAGGAUGAAGAGCAAGAGCCGUUCGCGCUCGCGCUCUGUCAGUGCCAUGGAUGUGGACUGGCGGGGAGUCAGCCGAUCGCGCUCUCGUGCGCCCGUACGUCUGGAUACGAUCCAGGACGAAGGCACACCGGACGGAAACAACAUGUUCAGCCGAUCUGCUCCCAACGCAAACGCUACAUCCGCCUUCAACUUUGCUGACCUCGCAGCAUUCGACGACAGUGAUGCUUUCGGCGCGUUCGACAGCGCACUUGAUACAGACGACUUUGCCGAUCUGCUCAAGUCCAAUGAAAGUCUGCAAGCGCCCGGCAGUAUGGCGCCCGGUACUGCUGGCAACUUUGCGGUAGGAUCCUCCGGCCCUGGAAGCUCCAAGAGGACCGCCAGCGCCGUACGAAAGGCUCAGAUACAGACCGCUUUCCAUAACGCCGCUCACACUGACUUGUUUGGCGCGGAUCUCGAUGCUUGGUACGAAGCAGAAGCGUCGUCGAAAGCGGCCGAUGGAAAGAAGUCGAGCCUCGACAUGGCUUCCAUUGGAGCGGCCAACAGCUUUGGUGCUCCCUUCUCGACCCUAGACAGCAUCCCCGGCAUUGGCGACUUUGUCGGUAUCGCCGCUAAUCAACACCCUGAAUACGGUUUCCUGCCUCGAUUGGUGCGAAAGACAAGUUUCGACCACAAAGUCAAGGAGAGGAGUAUUUCGCGCGGCCCCCGCCGUGACCAGUUGGCCGCAGAGGCGAUGAACAACCGCAAACGUCCAUUCCGAGACGACCUCUCGCCCGUCAGACCGGCCCUACAGAUGCCCAUCACCAUGGACCAGCGCGUCGCCGCGGGACUCUCGCGCAAUAUAGCUGCGCUUGGUGGACGCGGGGCAGGUCCAUCUCAGCUUUCAAAUCUGCCAAUGUCUUCGUUCGACUUCGCGGUCCCGCUCCCUGGAACUGUCAAUCAUCAGCAGAUGCCUUUCGGCGCAGGCGGUCCGAUGUCAGGUCCCAACCAGCGCGGACAGACAGGCGCGACCGAUUUCGAUAGCCUGCUCGAAACGCUGACAUCGCAAGCUGGUACUCCGCUCGCCAGCCCUGCGGCAAAUCUGAUGGCAGGCGCCAGCGCUUCGCCUCAAGGAGGACUCGGCAGCGGCUCCGGCGCUUCCCCUGUGCAAAACACAGCUGGAUCCGGCGGCGGCAUGGUCGGCAACCUUCCACCAGGUGCACAGAACUCAUCCGACCUGGAGGCGAUCAUGAACAUGUUCUACAACUCAGACGCCGGUCUGGGUGGUCCGCAACCGUCGUUCACGCACAUCAAUCCCAACCAGGUCUUUGGCGGAGGUCCACCGGAGGCCAUGUCCGGCUCGCUCGGUAAUCUCACGGGAUCAGGCGAUGAGGGAUCUUCCACCUGGACCUACAGUCCUUCCAGCAGUGGGCCUUCGAAUGCAGCUACGCCCCCUGGAUUGCAGCAGUCGCAAUACCAGUCGUCUCCGCUGGCGAAUGCUUACCGCCGCGAGCCUCAACUCGCCCCAGAGACGUCUGGAGCCGCAUCCUCGAGGUCGAAUGCUUCGCCCAGCAUGCAGGCCAUCCAGAAGGCUGCAGCGCUCAGCGAGGCGUCUCGCAGGAUGCCAAAUGGGUCGGGAGUUGCGUCCGGUGCAGCCAACGGCAUGCACUCACGAUCGGCGUCUGGAAGCGGGCCGGUCAACCUGAAAGAUCUCCCUUCAGCGAGCUCCAUGGCAACUGCGGAUCCACCCACCGUCUGUUCCAACUGUCACACGACCAAGACACCCUUGUGGCGACGUGAUCCGGAAGGCCAGCCGUUGUGCAAUGCCUGCGGUCUGUUCUUGAAGCUUCACGGCGUAGUUCGUCCGCUGUCGCUCAAAACAGACGUCAUCAAGAAGAGGAAUCGUGCAAGUGGAGCUCAGCGCGCUGACGCUAGGGGUCGUGCUUCGAUCAGCGGCAGUAGCGGUGGUCAUGCCAACAUCGCUCCUGCCGGUGGACACGGUGGUCCUGGCGGUAAUGUCGGCAAGAACGGCGCGACUCCGGGACCGCAGCAAGGUGGUCCAAACUCGUCUGCAUCAGGCGGACGAAGCAGGGCCAACACGAAUGGGUCGGUAGCUGGGAUCAGGACGGGCAACGUCCCCAUCGCACCAGCUCCCACUCCACCGGUCUCUUCGCCCGGCAGUACUGGGCUGUCAAAUGUCAAGGUCGAGAUGAAGCGCCAGCGAAAGUGA